AUGGCGGCGGCCCAACAGGCAAGGGCCGUUGGAGCAAGCGACGUUCGAGAAGCACCGGCGGAUGGAGACAGGGACGUGCGAGCUGUGGUUCUCCCCUGCGGCAAGAAGGGGUCCUUCAAGGGCGAGGUGUACCAGUUUCGCCGGCCCAUCGCGGCGGCGGAUGGCCGCUCGAAUCCAGGAGUGUUUUUCUGGAUCUUCCGGUGGAUCCUUGACUUUUUGGGCGGCACUCAGAGUCACAACUUCGGCGGCCGCAGUCGCGACGUCAUCGCCUCCCGUACGUCGUCCGUUCUGGCCGACGGCCUGUCGUCCUCCGAGGACGAGGCGAUGGUGGAUGGCGAAGAGGCCGAGGACAUUCUGCCUUCUGCGGAACAGCACAUGACUGCAUCAUCCAUGAUGACUCGCAUCCAGCAGGUCCAGGAUCAGAACAAGGGGUCAAAGAGGACCUCGCAGGACGAGUUGAAGGGCGAGGUCAAGGGCGAGGUCAAAGGCGAAGUGAAGGAAGAGGGCCAAGCCGACGAGGUCGACGAGGACGGUCCUCUCCAGAGAGGUGACUUCAGCCUCUCGUCGUUCGCUUGUCUUUGUUGGCUGGCCCAGCUGAUGUCCAAGGGCACCCGGGCGAAUGCGAAGUGGAACUUGGAUUCAGCCGAGAUCCAGGCCAGGGCAGAGGCCCUUCUCUGUGGCAUGCGGGACUGUUUCUGGCAGGACGUUCGGAAAGGCCACUUCGUCGUGGUCGAGGGCGACUUGUCGGUCGAGACCCUCGUCACCGCGAAGGUGGGUCAGAUGGCAGCAAAAAUUUUUGCCAAGCGAAAGACCGUGCCAGUCGUAGAGGCUUUGAAGAUCUUACAACAGGAUGCCGGUCGAAGGAGCCUCUCUGGCGACCGUCGGCGUGUGGCCGAGAAGAUCUUCAGUCGCUUGGUCCGGGCACUCGCAGAUGCCAUCGACGACUCUGCAGGAAAGACAGUCUGGACGGCCAAUCGAGUGGAAUCCUUGGACCAGACUGCCAGGGGCUAUCGCAAGGCCUCAUAUGGCUGCCAGGAGGCCGUUCUGCAAGCUGGUUCGGAGGCAGGUCCCUCGAUAGCAGCGGCUCUUCAGGCCCAGUCGCACUUCGCCUCUUCGGCGACCGGGGAGCAGCAGGGCAAGCGAAACAAGGACCGACCCGGGAAGUUCUUGGAGGCGGAACGUCUCUCGUACGUGGCCGCAGGUCGGCAGACGUUUGCGGCAAGUCGGGUCCUCAGCGUCGUCGCCGAUGCCGUUCACGUGGGCCAGGAGGACUGGUUGAACGUCUUUCUGUGCGACACCGAGCAGGACUUGUCCUUCGUGUGCCCCCAGCAGGUCAAGAAGGGGACGGCCAUCACCUCGGAGGCUUGGACAGACAUGUGGCAAGGCCGCUUGACGAGCUUUUUCCGGAAAGUUGGCACGAAGGGUCGCUCGGCGGACAAGGCCACCGGUGGGGACGACCGACGAGGCCAGGCCGUUCGUCUUGGCACUCAGCUGGCAGCCGCCAACUACCUGUCGUUCGGCCGGCAGUUGUUCGUGCAGCACGUGCCCGACCCGGCCCACCGCUCGCACAACGACGUUCACCUGGCCAUGGCAGCGGCCGGGCUCUUGACGUUCAGCAUCGUGUCCAUCGGGCUGUACAACGUUCGCUAUGGCCCCUGGAAUAAGGGGACGUGGUUCGGGAAGGUCCAGACCAUGGCCGACGAGAUGAGCCGCUCGAUGUCGCCGUCGGACCCGCUGCUCCUCGCCUUCUUCCCGGACAUUCUCGCCGACCAGGGCCGUUCGCAGGACGAGAACACGGAGGAGUCGCGACGUGCCUUUCUCGAGUCGCUGCCGAACAGGUCGUUCGUCAGGAGCAAAGGCAGCAAGGCCUCUCAGUCCAGGUUCAACAGCCUCAGCACGGCCCAUGCCGAGCUCGACAGGGACUGGUCGGCGUUCUGCCUCGUCCUCGUGGUCAUUUGCGUGGCGGAAGGCUGGGCCAAGUCUGCGGCCGACCUUUGGACUCCCCAGAGUGAGGUCGCCGAGAGUGCGGGCUCGUCCAGGGCUGCUGCCAAGUCCGCCGCUCGAAAGGCCUUGCAGAAGCAGCGAGGCCGUUCGGUGAACACUCUGCAUGGCAUGACGAUGUUCGCUUGCAACCCGGACAACAAGUCGCUCGCCCGGACAGUGUUUUUCGUCCUUGGGCCAGAGGGCGUUCGCUGCUCCAAGAUGCUCGAGGACUUGCGAUCGGCGGAAGCGACAGUCAAGCAGUACUCCGAGUGGGCACACUGGGAGUACAUGACGGUCGCUCACGAACACGUGGCCAAGCUGUCCAAUCUCGCCGCUCUGCAGCGGAUUGGAUUGGACAUGUCCAUGCUGCUGCCGGAGGAGGAAGCUCGAGAGGCGGCCGUCACCUGGCAGGAUGCUGUGGCUCGCAGGGUCGUUCGUCUCACACAGCGGCUUCUUCGGUACCGGUGCGGCAGCCAGCUGCCUGCGACGAACGGUUGGGGGUCCACGGCUGGCCUUCUGCACCAGUCGACGGAGGCACGGCGUGCGAGCUUGAGCUUCCUCGCAGACGUGGACAAGACGGUGCAGGCUGUUCAAAAGGAAGGGUCCCUCGAGGCCAAGCUGCUGCUCGAAGGCCACCCGGCCACGGGGCCAGUCAUGGCUUUGGUGCUGUCCGAGCUGCGAGCAGAGUCGUUCGUUGAGGUUGCUGCGGACACCUUGGCCUUUUUGCGUCGUUUGUGGUCCGGCCUCUUGAACAGCAAAUUGGUCGAAGAUGCAAACAAAGUGCAGCGUGAAGCAGAGCAGAGGAACGGGACGUCCAAGACCAUCGGCCGCUUGGAAGGGUGGCAUGGGCUUACGAGGAAAAAGUUGCUCGAGGCGGGCUACAAGAGGCCAGAGGUUGCCUGCGGUGCCAUGUCCGUCGUUCCCACGAAAUUCGAACCGGACCAAUGGUUCCAACGGCCCAAGCGACUCCGUAUGGCCGACAGUUUGGCCUCGGCGUCUACUGCUUCGACUGUCGAGGAGGUCAGCGACCAGUCUCUCGAAGAGGACAUUCUCAAGGGCGUCAGCCUCGCGAAGACUUGGGCCUCGCACACACCCGAGUCGGAGCAAGACAGGCUUGCCAGCUUCUCGCUCUUGACCAAGGUUGUCAAGCAGGGCAUGGAUUGGACGUUCGUGGAGCAAGGCUGGUGGGCGUCCUUCGCGCCCGAAGGCCACGGACUGCUGUUUCCAGGGAUGCCGCCGUGCUACGUGGUUCGCAGCUACAAGCGUGCAGCUCUCGUUUGGCCGGCCAAGCUGGAGAAGCUGGCCGAAUGCGAGGAGAUGCUGGUGCUGGACCCGGAGGCCCCUUCGCUGUGCUGGCUGCACUUGUACAACGACGAAGUGGAGGUUCUGGACCUCGUUGCGACCUCCCCGCAGCGUGGCCUGUCGCACUUUUAUUUGAGGUGCGUUUCAGGUGCGUUUCAGCUUUUUCCCAGUGUUUUUGAAGCGUUCAAAGCAAUAAGGGCCAAGUUGGACACUUCUGGUCUGCGGCUGCUCGGUGAGACUCGGCCUCUCGGAGUGGCCCUUCGUGUGCAAGCCAAAAGGCCGCUGCUCCGCCACCACGAGGUCUACGGCUUCGCAGGCGUGGCCGAGUGGGGCCUGCGACGUCUGGUCCAGAGCAAGGGCUGGUCGCUGGAGGCCUCGGACGAAGCCGGCCACGAGGAGGACGACCGACUGGCUGUUGCCUGCUUGCUCUCCUUGGAGGCCAGUCUGACGAAGGACGAAGUCGUCGCCCGAAUCCUGUUUCGGCAGGAUGCGGCGACGUGGGCAGGCGAGUAUGGCGAGCUGGACCUCGCGGAGGUCGUUCGGGACACGAUGCUGUCGGCGGACCAGGAGGUGGCCUUGCAGCAGAUCGCCAAGCGAAAGGCCACUCACCAGACAGCUGUUCAGGUUCGCCAGCGAGUGUCCAAAACCUUCGACUACGUGUCUAAGAAGUUCGCCAGCAGGCCUGAAUUCAAGAAGGCUGCGGCAGCUCGAAAGGCCAAGGAGAAGAAGGCCGAGCAGAAGAAGAAGGAGCAGGCCACCGAGAUCAAACGUUGCUAUGCCCUCGUGAGCUCGGACGUGGACAAAGCUGUCAAGGCCGCCGUGCCUGCCGCCGUUCGGGUCUACACGGACCCUCCCAAUGGGCGGUGGAAGCUCAGCUACAGCACGGCGUGGGCGUGUGCGAGCCGGUCCAUUUCGUGGACAGCCAUCGGCAGCAAAGCUGGCGGGGCAGAAGUCCUUCGGCAAGCUUGGUCUUGGGCCGAGACCUUCGACGGCCUCGACAUCACGGACGAAGCGGCCGCGAUGUUGCAGAAGCUCGGCCAGAUCGAGCACGACUUCCAGCUGGUGGAGCUCCGCACACACGAAGCACGAGGACUUGCACGUUUCGUAGUUGUGUUUCUCAAGCGUUUUUUUGCCUUGGUAGCGAUGGGUCGAGCGACUUUGGCCGAAACCGGCGGCGUGAGGCCUGCCAGCGCCUAUGCUCUCUUUUGCAGCUGGGUCGCUCGCGAGGGGCUCUCGUCCGAUCGGGCGGCCAGGUUUCGCAUCCGUGGAAAGCGUAUGGUGCGGAAUGGGCCGGCCAUCCAGAAAAAGUGGCGCCACAAGAAAAGCAAGGACCUUCGGGACCACUUCACGGCCCAAGCAAAAAAGGCCUACGAGGACAACCGUGCCAAGGCAGAGGCCUUCAGGACGGCCCAAAGCCGGGAACUUUUGCCAAGCGAACCUCUUGCAGACGAGGAGGCCGUGGCUGUCGAACUCGAGGCCGACCGUGCGAGGACGGAGCUGUUCAACGACUCCUGGACCUGGACACUCGGAGUGGCCGUUCGCGACCUGACAGAGGUGAGCAGUGGGGUCAGCGGCCGGGUCUUCGUCGGGUCCUUCGCAGGCCAGCCGGUGGCCCUCAAGGUGGCCUUGGGUCGGGGAUUGCGAGAUCCCAUGCAGAGGGCGGCCGCUGGUGGGCUGGACGUGGCAGAGGAGUUCGCCAUCUUGGGGGCGCUCGGACAGCACCCCAACGUGGUUCGGGCCUUCGGCGUUCUGACGAGCUCUCUCGGAAAAACCGCUUUGCUCCUCGAGAGGGCGACCGAGAGCCUGCACGACAUGGCCUGCCGGCUCCAGGCCGACCGACUGGAAACUUCGCCGGCCGGGAAGGGCUCUCUGCUGCAGCUCUUCCAGCAGUUCCUCCUUGGCCUGUCGUUCGUGCACGGCCGUUCGAUUCUGCACUUGGAUGUCAAGCCCAAGAACAUCCUGGUCUUCGACGGCGUUCGUGCAGCACUGGCGGACUUCGGGCAUUCGGAGUCUGCUUCGGACGGUGCCUGCUCGGUCGUCGGCGAUCGCGUCUACACCGAGGCCUUUCGAUGCUCGGAGUGCCUGAUGGCAGGCGAUCGGAAGGUCAGAGUGACGUUCGCCGGCGACGUCUGGGCAGCCGCCGUCUCGUUGUUCGAGAUCUGCUCACCUGCAAAAGCCUCGCUGUGGACGGUCUCUCCCAAGACGUUCGUGCGGGAGACGGAGGAGCAGACAGCUCAGGCCAUUCGAGAGAUGGCCAUCGCAAAGAGUGCCAAGGUGAUGCCGUUCAAUCAGAACAUGGUGGACGUUCUGGAGAAGGUCUUCCUACCGGCCAGCCGAAGACUGUCGUUGUCGGGCAUGCUUCAGAGCAUCCAAAGAGACCGACGAGCACUCGGCCAGGCCCGAUCGUUUUGA